AUGAGCUCCGCGGGCGAAAUCUUCUCCGCUUUCCGUGGCGUACAAGCCCAGCAUGCCUCCGCGCCGCCUCAUUCCAACUCAUUCAGUACCGCUGCUCCCCACCGACCCGACGAUGCCAAAGCUAUUCCCCGCCUCGAUGCUGUGACAAUGAGGUGCACAUGGCCGCUCUCUUCAUGCUGUCUGUUAGGAAGCCUUGCUUCCCGAGGAGACAGAAUAGUCAAGCUAUUUUCGUCCACCGGUCGCAUGUCUGGACAAUCUGAUGCUUUCGCACCGGGACAGGAACCGUCUUUGAUAAAUGGCCGGUAUCCACGGGCAGGACGCCAGCAAGCGUUGUCUUCCCCCACCAUGCUCCUCCUCAUGCACCCUCCGCUGCUCGUUCUGGUAGCACUUAUCGCCAGCAAGCCCACUGUUGCUGACACCACUCUCCUCGGCGUCUCCCUCUCCCUGCCCGUGCCAACGACGCAAGUCUCACAAAUCGUAGUCUCCCGGAGCACGACGUUUAUCCCGUCCACCGUCGGCCCCGACGGCCUUACAACCUACCGCGAGGAGGUCGUGGAGAGCUUCGAGGCGCUAACUGGCCCGACGGACACCCUGGUCCUGCUCAGCACACCCGUCACCGUCGACCUUGCCUUCGCCCAGAGCUCCGGCGGCUUCGUCGCGUCGGAAGUCCUCCCGUCCGGCGCGACCCUUUCUCCCGGCCAGACAUUCGUCCCCUCGGUCAGCAAAUGCACGUUUGACGGGCAUGGCGGCGCCGUAUGCGUCGAAGAAGACCCCGCGCCGCCUGGCGCCCUGAUUCCGGGACACACAACGACGCUCAGCGGCGUUGUGAUUCCGAUUGCGACGCUCAGCUCGGGAGAGGUUGGUGGGGGUGCGACGCCCACAAAAAGCGCGGCGGGGAAGUGUGGCGUGAACGGGUCUGCUUGGCGGCUCUCGAUUGCAGCGGUAAUAACCUAUCUACUGAUGUGA